AUGAUCUUCUCGAGAUUUCGAGAUUUUGCAAUUGGAAAGUCGAAGGAGUUAAAUUUCCUUCAUAUCUAUGAUGGAAAGGUUCAUUCUGCACUAUCUCCCUGCAAACAUCGAAGACUAGCUUCUCAUAGCGGUGGAUUAAAAAGGUUUGAUUCCUUUGAUCAGUCAUCAAAUUUGCAUUUACGAACCCUUUUGUUCUUCAACUCGGAAACUGAAUCCGCCGAAAUAGGGAAGUUACAAUUUCUGUACAAAAAAUUGAGAUUGUUGAGAGUGUUAGAUGUUGAGGAAACAGAGCAUGUAAGCUUAGUUGAUGCAAUAGAGAAGUUGAUUCACUUGAGGUACUUUAGGAUAAGUGACUCCAAAAUAAACAAGAUUCCACCAUCCAUAGGUAACUUGCAAACCCUACAAACCCUGGAAUUUUCUUUCAGACAUCGUAUCUCAAUUAUUAUGUUACCCGAUGAGAUAUGCAAUGCAAAGCAGUUGAGACAUUUAAUUGGAUGCUUCAAGUGGCCUUUCCGAGUAGAAAACCUAACAAACCUUCAAACUCUAAAGGUUAUUGUGGUUGAUGACCGGAUGGAAUUUAAUCCAUCAUGGGAUUUAAUCAAUCUUCACGUGCUUUGCCUAGUAUUUGAUGGAGAAAGCAAGGGGUUCACUGUAGACUCUAUUGGUAGAUUAAGAAACCUCCGAACAUUAUUUCUAGAGAUUGCGGACACUGUUUGGAAUCCUACACUGCAACCACUUUCUCACUGCCAGCACCUCAUUCAAUUGAAGUUACAUGGAGAAAUAGGAAAGCUACCAACAGAGAUGCACGAAUUCUUACCGAAUCUCAAAUACCUCGCCUUGUGUGGAAAGAAAAUGGAGGAAGAUCCUAUGCCAUCAUUAGAGAAACUUCCAAAGUUGACAAUUCUUGACUUAAAUAGAUACAAGGGAAAUAAAUUUGUGUGCACUGCAGGAGGGUUCCCUCAACUCGAAAUUCUAAAUAUUUACGGGGGUUAUGUGAAGGAGUUACAAGUGGAUGAAGGAGGAAUGCCUCUGCUUCGGGGUUUGGUCAUCCCUAACAAUGUUAGCAUCCCAGAGAGAUUAAGGUCCAUCCCUGUCCCCAAAAAUUGGGAUGUCACAUCGGCUCAUGGCUGGCCCUACUAACAAAGAAAACAAGUUACAGGAAUGAAAGUUGGAGGAAACAAAUGAAGUGGUUGGUGAUGCUUAUGUGCCUAUUGUGCUGUUGGAGACUUGGAGUUUUUUUUAUUUAUUUAAUUUUUUUUCCCUUCUAUUUGUUGUCAUGUUGGCUUGCUGGUCAUGUUUGUUGUAUGUGGAUUUCCGAUGACUUCUCUUUUUAUUAUUUAUGUAUAAAAGACUGAUGUGUGGUUAUAUUACUACUACUAUUGGCUAUUACUUUUUUAAUUGU